CUGGCGCCGCGGCCGAGUCCCGCGCCCGGUGGGGCUACCGCAAGCUCCGCCCCUAGAGCCUUGCUGGCUACUGAGGACCGACACCGCCCUGCCGCGCAUGCGUCAGUUAGGGCCACAUCAGCGCAAAUCUAUGGGGGCUUAGUAACUGCCGAAGAAAAUUUAUCGCUUGACCUAGGCUAUAUUUUCCCUUUGGGAGGGACUGAGUCACAUGAAAGACAGUGUGAUCCAACGAAAUGGAACGAAGGGUCUGUGCUUUCUAUCCAGCGGCUGGUCAGGUCUCCUUCAGCAGAAUUUCCACAGGCAUAUCGUGGGACAACCCAGGCGUCCGGAGCCAGCGAGGACCCUGCCAGCGGGCCUGGGGGCGGGGCCAGAGUCAGUCUCCCCGGGUGCCGGUCCUUCUCUUGCUGGGAGGUGUUUCUGCGGUCUUGUCCAGUGCCUCGCGUUUCUCCGUCCUCCAGCAUGCCCGGUCCGACUCCCAGUGGCACUAACGUGGGCUCUUCGGGGCGUUCUCCCAGCAAAGCGGUUGCCGCUCGGGCGGCGGGAUCCACGGUCCGGCAGCGGAAAAAUGCCAGCUGUGGAACAAGGAGCGCAGGCCGCACGACCUCAGCAGGCACUGGGGGGAUGUGGCGAUUUUACACAGAAGACUCACCUGGGCUGAAAGUUGGCCCUGUUCCAGUAUUGGUUAUGAGUCUUCUGUUCAUCGCUUCUGUAUUUAUGUUGCACAUUUGGGGCAAGUACACUCGUUCGUAGAUUCGGCUACAUCCAUCUGUCAUCCGAAGAAGAAGGAAAAAACUGAACAUGUCUUGGACCAAAAGUAUAGUGAAUUUUCUCUUCAUGAGAAAGAAAUUUUCUGUAAGCUUAUUUUAUAGGGAACUUAAACAAGAAUUGAUUUUGAAGAAUCUGUUUUUUUCUAUAACUAAUAAACUUUCUAAUUCAUUUAUA